AUGGACCAGACCGCCGCCGGAACCUCCCCGCCUUUCUGCCGGGCUUCUGGCGCGCACCUGCGGCGGCGUCGAGACGCCGAGGGCAUCCCUGCCUCGCCACCUGGCUCUGGCACGCACACCGUGACUGAAGGAAACCACGCGCGCCUCAGUUGCUACGAACAGGCAACCCCUAAGCCAGAGACGGUGUGGAAGAAGGAUGGCCAGCUGGUGGUGGAGCCCGGCAGCGACACCUGUAGUCAGCCUGACGAGACUCAGGAGAAGUGUAAGAUCCUCUUCUGCAAGCAGUCGGACCGGGGCCUCUACACCUGCGCGGCGUCCAGCAAGUGCCAGACCAAAUCCUACAGCUCGGAGAACUUCCAGUCGUCCUCUUCCUGCUGCCGCUGCAACAUCCUGCCAACCCCAGCACCUCUCACAGCCUCCUCCCCCGCAGAGCCCACCGUGCCCUUCAAGAGAACUUCAGGACCAGGGGUUAAGGAGAAGAAGUCAGCCACGUUGGUCUGUUACGCAGCUGCCGCCGCCUGCCGCCUAAAUCACGGAGACCCGCGUGGUACAAGGACGCGUCUGUGGACCCGGCGCAGUACACACCGGCGAGGGGCGGGCACUGAGCAGCUGGCACGGUUGCGCAAUGUCUCGACCGACGACGGGCAUAUCUACGUCUGCGAGACAAUCAGGAGAACUGCUCCUGAUGGCAAAGCUUCCGCAAUUACAAAAUUAGGGGAGGAGGAAGGAAACCUCAUUCGGAAGCUCCCGAGGAAGACCGCGGUGCGCGUGGGUGACACGGCCAUGUUUUGUGUGGAGCUGGCCAGGCCCGAGGGCCCUGUCCACUGGCUGAGGAACCAGGAGGAGAUGGUGGCCGGGGGCCGCGUGGCCAUCACCACAGAAGGCAUGUGCCACACGCUGACCAUCUCCCAGUGCAGCCUGGAAGACGUGGGCGAGGUGACCUUCACUGCUGGUGACUGCCGGACGUCCACCCAGUUCUUCGUGUCUGCCCCUAGGAGGCCGCCCCUGCAUGCCCCUGAGGCCCCUGUGGUAAAGGGAAGGACAGAGUGUUCCGUCACCCUUGCCUGGUCCCCACCACCCCAUGGGGACCACCCUGUCCCCAUCGACGGUUAUCUGGUGGAAAAGAAGCGGCUUGGCGCCUACACCUGGAGCCGGUGCCACGAGGCGGAGUUGGUGGCUGAACGUGAGCUGACUGUGGCCAGCGUGGCUGAGGAGGGGGACUUCCAGUUCCGGGUAUCAGCUGUGAACAGCUUUGGCCAGAGCCCCUACCUGGAGUUUCCAGGGACUGUCCACCUGGCCCCCCAGCUGGCUGUGAAGACUCCUCUGAAGGCGGUGGAGGCGGUGGAGGGUGGCGAGGUGACCUUCUCGGUGGACCUCACUCUGGCCUCUGCUGGAGAGUGGUUCCUGGAUGGCCAGGCCCUAAAGGCCAGCAGUGUGUAUGUGAUCCGUCACGAUGGCACGCAGCAUGCCCUCACCAUCCGCUCCGUGUCCGCCAGCCUGCAUGGCGCUGAGCUCAAGUUCGUGGCCAACGGAAUUGAGAACAGCAUCCGUAUGGAGGUCCGAGCCCCAGGGCUGGCCGCCAAGCGUCCAGUGGCAGCUGUGAGGGAAGUGCUGGCCCGGCUGCAUGAGGAGGCACAGCUCUUGGCAGAGCUCUCAGACCAGGCUGCGGCGGUGACAUGGCUGAAGGACGGCCACGUGCUGCCCCUGGGCCCCAAAUACGAGGUCCAGGCGAGUGCUGGACAGCGGGCACUGCUGGUGCGGGAUGUGGUGCGAGACGAUGCUGGCCUGUACGAGUGUGUCAGCCAUGGGGGCCGCAUUGCCUACCAGCUGUUGGUGCAAGGGCUCACUCCCUUUCUGCACAAGGACACAGCUGGUGGCUUGGUGGAUGCCGUGGCUGGGGGCCCAGCCCACUUUGAAUGUGAGACUUCUGAGGCCCAGGUUUGUGUGCGCUGGUACAAGGAUGGCACGGAGCUCAGCCGCUCCAGCCAGCGCUUCCUGCAGGAGGAUGUGGGAACGUGGCACCGGCUGGUGGCAGCCUCGGUCACCAAGCAGGAUGAGGGCACCUACUCAUGCCGUGUGGGCGAGGACUCCGUGGACUUCCAGCUGCGUGUCAGUGAGCCCUCGGCCGUGUUUGCCAAGGGGCAGCCGGCACGCAGUGAGGUGCAGGCCAAGGUGGGGGCCAGCGCCAUGCUGAGCUGCGAGGUGGCCCAGGACAAGACGGAGGUGACGUGGUACAAGGGCGGGAAGAAGCUGAGUGCCAGCUCCAGAGUGCGCAUGGAGGCCACGGGCUGCAGCAGGAGGCUGGUGGUGCAGCAGGUGGGGAAGGUGGACGCCGGGGAGUACAGCUGCGAGGCCAGGGGAGAGAAGGUCUCCUUCCGCCUGGACAUGACAGAACCUGUAUUGGUGUUUGCCAAGGGACAGACAACACACAGUGAGGUACAGACCAAGGCGGGGGCCAGUGCCACACUGAGCUGUGAGGUGGCCCAGGACAAGACGGAGGUGACAUGGUACAAGGACGGGAAGAAGCUGAGUGCAAGCUCCAGAGUGCGUGUGGAGGCCAAGGGCUGCAGCAGGAGGCUGGUGGUGCAGCAGACGGCAAAGGCGGAUGCGGGGGAGUACAGCUGUGAGGCUGCGGGGGAGAAGGUCUCCUUCCACCUGGAUGUCAUUGAGCGCUCGGCCAUGUUUGCUAAGGGGCAGCCAGCAUGCAGUAAGGUGCAGGCCAAGGCAGGGGCCAGUGCCACGCUGAGCUGCGAGGUGGCUCAGGACAAGACGGAGGUGACAUGGUACAAGGAUGGGAAGAAACUGAGUGCCAGCUCCAGAGUGCACAUGGAGGCCAAAGGCUGCAGCAGGAAGCUGGUGGUGCAGCAGGCGGGGAAGGUGGAUGCUGGGGAGUACAGCUGUGAGGCCGGGGGCCAGAAGGUGUCUUUCCACCUGGAUGUCAAAGAGCCCUCAGCUGUGUUUGCCAAGGAGCAGCCAGCAUGCAGUGAGGUGCAGGCCAAGGCGGGGACCAGUGCCACACUGAGCUGCGAGGUGGCCCAGGACAAGACAGAGGUGACGUGGUACAAGGACGGGAAGAAGCUGAGUGCCAGCUCCAAAGUGUGCAUGGAGGCCAAGGGCUGCAGCAGGCGGCUGGUGGUGCAGCAGGCAGGGAAGGCAGAUGCCGGGGAGUACAGCUGUGAGGCCGGGGGCCAGAAGGUGUCCUUCCACCUGGAUGUCACAGAGCUUGCAGCUGUGUUUGCCAAGGAGCAGCCGGCAUGCAGUGAGGUUCAGGCCAAGGCAGGGGCCAGUGCCACAUUGAGCUGCGAGGUGGCCCAGGACAAGACGGAGGUGAUGUGGUACAAGGAUGGGAAGAAGCUGAGUGCAAGCUCCAGAGUGCGUGUGGAGGCCAAGGGUUGCAGCAGGAAGCUGGUGGUGCAGCAAGCGGGGAGAGCAGAUGCCGGGGAGUACAGCUGCGAGGCCAGGGGAGAGAAGGUGUCCUUCCACCUGGAUGUUACAGAGCCUGCAGCUGUGUUUGCCAAGGAGCAGCCAGCACACAGUGAGGUGCAGGCCAAGGCAGGGGCCAGCGCCAUGCUAAGCUGCGAGGUGGCCCAGGCCCAGACAGAGGUGACGUGGUACAAGGACGGGAAGAAGCUGAGUGCGAGCUCCAGAAUGCACGUGGAGGCCAAGGGCUGCAGCAGGCGGCUGGUGGUGCAGCAGGCGGGGAAGGCGGAUGCCGGGGAGUACAGCUGUGAGGCCGGGGGCCAGAAGGUGUCCUUCCACCUGGACAUCACAGAGCCUGCAGCUGUGUUUGCCAAGGAGCAGCCAGCACACAGUGAGGUGCAGGCCAAGGCAGGGGCCAGCGCCAUGCUAAGCUGCGAGGUGGCCCAGGCCCAGACAGAGGUGACGUGGUACAAGGACGGGAAGAAGCUGAGUGCGAGCUCCAGAAUGCACGUGGAGGCCAAGGGCUGCAGCAGGCGGCUGGUGGUGCAGCAGGCGGGGAAGGCGGAUGCCGGGGAGUACAGCUGUGAGGCCGGGGGCCAGAAGGUGUCCUUCCACCUGGACAUCACAGAGCCUGCAGUCAUGUUUGCCAAGGAGCAGCCAGCACACAGUGAGGUGCAGGCCAAGGCGGGGACCAGUGCCACACUGAGCUGCGAGGUGGCCCAGGCCCAGACAGAGGUAACGUGGUACAAGGACGGGAAGAAGCAGAGUGCCAGCUCCAGAAUGCGUGUGGAGGCCAAGGGCUGCAGCAGGCGGCUGGUGGUGCAGCAGGCAGGGAAGGCGGAUUCUGGGGAGUACCUCUGUGAGGCCGGGGGCCAGAAGGUGUCCUUCCGCCUGGAUGUCACAGAACCUACAGUAGUGUUUGCCAAGGAGCAGCCUGCACGCAGUGAGGUGCAGGCCAAGGCAGGGGCCAGCGCCACACUGAGCUGUGAGGUGGCCCAGGACAAGACAGAGGUGACAUGGUACAAGGACGGGAAGAAGCUGAGUGCGAGCUCCAAAGUGCACAUGGAGGCCAAGGGCUGCAGCAGGCGGCUGGUGGUGCAGCAGGCGGGGAAGGCGGAUGCUGGGGAGUACAGCUGUGAGGCCGGGGGCCAGAAGGUGUCCUUCUGCCUGGAUGUCACAGAACCUACAGUGGUGUUUGCCAAGGAGCAGCCUGCACGCAGUGAGGUGCAGGCCAAGGCAGGGGCCAGUGCCACACUGAGCUGCGAGGUGGCCCAGGACAAGACAGAGGUGACAUGGUACAAGGACGGGAAGAAGCUGAGUGCGAGCUCCAAAGUGCACGUGGAGGCCAAGGGCUGUAGCAGGAGGCUGGUGGUGCAACAGGCGGGGAAGGUGGAUGCUGGGGAGUACAGCUGUGAGGCCGGGGGCCAGAAGGUGUCCUUCCGCCUGGAUGUCACAGAGCCUGCAGCUGUGUUUGCCAAGGAGCAGCCGGCACGCAGUGAGGUGCAGGCCAAGGCAGGGGCCAGCGCCACGCUGAGCUGCGAGGUGGCCCAGGCCCAGACGGAGGUGACAUGGUACAAGGAUGGGAAGAAACUGAGUGCGAGCUCCAGAGUGCGCGUGGAGACCAAGGGCUGCAGCAGGCGGCUGGUGGUGCAGCAGGCGGGGAAGGCGGAUGCCGGGGAGUACAGCUGUGAGGCCGGGGGCCAGAAGGUGUCCUUCCUCCUGGAUGUCACAGAGCCCUCGGUCAUGUUUGCCAAGGAGCAGCCAGCACUCAGUGAGGUGCAGGCCAAGGCGGGGGCCAGUGCCACACUGAGCUGUGAGGUGGCCCAGGCCCAGACGGAGGUGACGUGGUACAAGGACGGGAAGAAGCUGAGUGCCAGCUCCAGAAUGCAUGUGGAGGCCAAGGGCUGCAGCAGGAAGCUGGUGAUGCAGCAGGCAGGGAAGGCGGACGCCGGGGAGUACAGCUGUGAGGCCGGGGGAGAGAAGGUGUCCUUCCACCUGGAUGUCACAGAGCCCUUGGCCAUGUUUGCCAAGGAGCAGCUGGCAUGCAGUGAGGUGCAGGCUGAGGCGGGGGCCAGCGUCAUGCUGAGCUGCGAGGUGGCUCAGGACAAGACAGAGGUGACGUGGUACAAGGAUGGGAAGAAGCUGAAUGCAAGCUCCAAAGUGUGCAUGGAGGCCACAGGCUGCAGCAGGAGGCUGGUGGUGCAGCAGGCGGGGAAGGCGGACACCGGGGAGUACAGCUGUGAGGCUGGGGGAGAGAAGGUGUCCUUCCACCUAAACAUUACAGAGCUGGAGCCUGAGACCCCCACGGUGGAGAGACCUGGCCGCAGAGAGCCUGUGGUGGUCAGGGAGCACGAGGACAUUGUCCUGACCGCCAUGCUGGCUACGCCCUCCGUGGCCGCAGUGACGUGGCUCAAGGAUGGCGUGGAGAUCCGCCGCAGCAAGCGGCACGAAACGGCCAGCCUGGGGGACACCCACACCCUGACGAUCCGCGGCGCGCAAACCCUGGACACCGCAGUGUACAGCUGCCGCGUGGGCGCAGAUGGGCAGGACUUCCCAGUGCAGGUGGAAGAGGUGGUCGCUAAGUUCUGCCGGCCCCUGGAGCCUGUGAGCGGGGAGCUAGGUGGCACGGUGACGCUGGCCUGCGAGCUGAGCCCACCGCAGGCCGAGGUGGUGUGGCGCUGCGGGAGCACGCAGCUCCGGGCUGGCAAGCGCUUCCAGAUGGAAGCCGCAGGGCCCCGGCGCUCACUCACCGUGUCCGGCCUGCGGCUGGAGGAUGCGGGGCAGUAUGUGUGUGAGACCCGGGAUGACUGCACCAGCGCGCAGCUCUCCGUCAGCGCCCCCCGCAUGGUCAAGUUCAUGUCUGGGUUGAGCGCCGUGGUGGCGGAAGAGGGCCAGGAGGCCACCUUCCAGUGCGUGGUGUCCCCCAGCGAUGCAGCAGUCAGGUGGUUCCGGGACGGCGCGUUGCUGCAGCCCAGUGAGAAGUUCCUCAUCUCACAGAGUGGCGCGAGCCACAGCCUGACCAUCUUGGGCCUGACCCUGGACGACCCAGGCCAGAUCACUGCAGAGGCCGAGGGGGUCUCCUCCGCUGCUGCCCUCCGGGUGCGAGAGGCUCCAGUGCUGUUCAGAAAGAAGCUGGAGCCACAGACGGUGGAGGAGCGGAGCUCAGUGGCCAUGGAGGUAGAGCUGACACGGCCAUGGCCCGAGGUCAAGUGGACACGGAACGCAGUGGCCCUGGCGCCAGGCAAGAAUGUGGAGAUUCACGCCGAGAGCACCAGGCACCGCUUGGUUCUUCACUGCGUGGGUUUUGCCGACCGCGGCUUUUAUGGCUGUGAGACUCCAGACGACAAGACACAGGCCAAGCUCACCGUGGAAAUGCGCCAGGUCCGGCUUGUGCGGGGCCUGCAGGCGGUGGAGGUGUGGGAGCAGGGCACAGCCACCAUGGAUGUGGAGCUGUCACACGACAACGUGGAGGGCAGCUGGACGCGAGACAGCGUGCGGCUGCAGCCAGGGUCCACGUGCCAGCUGGCCGUGCAAGGCCCCAUCCACACCCUCAUCCUGUCGGGGCUGCGGCCACAGGAUAGUGGCCUCAUCGCCUUCAAAGCUGAGGGGGUGCACACGUCUGCACGGCUCACGGUCACUGAGCUGCCUGUGAGGUUCAGCCGCCCUCUGCAAGAUGUGGUGGUCACAGAGAAGGACAGGGUGACCUUGGAGUGUGAGCUGUCUCGCCCCAACGUGGACGUGCGCUGGCUGAAGGACGGCGUGGAGCUUAGGGUGGGCAAGACAGUGGGCAUGGUGGCCCAGGGCGCCUGUCGGAGUCUCAUCAUUUUCCGCUGUGAGCUUGGUGACCAGGGCGUGUACGUGUGCGACGCUCGUGAUGCUCAGAGCUCAGCCUCCCUGAAGGUGCAAGGUCGUAACAUCCAGAUCGUGAGGCCCCUGGAGGAUGUGGAGGUGAUGGAAAAGGAGGGCGCCACCUUCUCUUGCAAGAUCUCUCACGAUGAGGUGCCAGCCCAGUGGUUCUGGGAGGGCAGUAAGCUUCGGCCCAGUGACAAUGUGCGCAUCCGCCAGGAAGGGAGGACAUACACCCUCAUCUACCGGAGGGUCCUGGCAGAAGAUGCAGGAGAGAUCAGAUUUGUAGCCGAAAAUGCAGAAUCUCGAGCUGAGCUCCGAGUCAAAGAGCUGCCGGUGACCAUCCUGCGCCCACUUCGGGACAAGAUAGCCAUGGAGAGGCACCGCGGUGUGCUGGAGUGCCAGAUGUCCAGGGCCAGCGCCCAGGUGCAGUGGUUCAAGGGCAGCGUGGAGCUGCAGUCAGGACCCAAGUACGAGAUGGUCAGCGACGGCCUCUACCGCAAGCUGAUCAUCAACGAUGUGCAGCCGGAGGAUGAGGACACCUACACGUGUGACGCUGGCAACGUGAAGACCAGUGCCCAGUUCUUUGUGGAAGAACAAUCCAUCACCAUCGUGCGGGGCCUGAAGGACGUGACUGUGAUGGAGCCCGCACCUGCCUGGUUCGAAUGCGAGACCUCCAUCCCCUCGGUGCGGCCGCCCAAGUGGCUCCUGGGAAAGACAGUGCUCCAGGCCGGGCCCACCGUGGGCAUGGAGCAGGAGGGCACGGUGCACCGGCUGACGCUGCGACGAACCUGCUCCACCAUGACUGGGCCGGUGCACUUCACCAUCGGCAAGUCGCGCUCCACCGCACGCCUGGUGGUCUCUGACAUCCCCAUGGUGCUCACACGGCCCCUGGAGCCCAAGGCGGGGCGCGAGCUGCAGUCGGUGGUCCUGUCCUGCGACUUCAAGCCGGCUCGCUCUGCAGUCACCCUGGGACGUGUCCCUGACCUGCACGUGGGCAUCACCAAGAGGCUGAAGUCGGUGGAGGUGCUGGAGGGCCAGAGCUGCACCUUCGAGUGUGUCCUGUCCCAUGAGAACCCCAGCGAUGUGGCCAUAUGGACAGUUGGCGGGAAGACAGUGGGUGGCUCUGGCCGCUUCCGGGCCACACGCCAGGGCCGCAAAUACACCCUGGUUGUUCAAGAUGUGGCUCCUGGAGAUGCUGGGGAGGUGGUGUUCUCCGUGCGGGACCUCACCUCCAAGGCCUCCCUCAUCAUCAGAGAGAGGCCGGCAGGUAUCACGAAGCCUCUAGAAGACCAGCAGGCUGCUCCGGGUGAGGAUGUGGUGAUGAGCUGUGAGCUGUCUCGGGCCGGGACCCCCGUGCGCUGGCUAAAGGACGGGAAGGCCAUUCGCAAGAGUCAGAAGUAUGACCUGGUCACGGAAGGCACUUGGGCCACUCUGGUGGUCCGUGCGGUGUCGCUCAAGGAUUCAGGAGAAUACACGUGUGAGACAGAAGCUUCCAAGAGCACAGCGAGUCUCCGUGUGGAAGAAAAGGCCAACUGGUUCACAGACGAGCUGACCGACCUGCAUGUGGAAGAGAAGGGCACAGCUGUGUUCACGUGCAAGACAGAGCGUCCCGCAGCUGUGGUGAUCUGGCGCAAGGGCCUCUCGGAGCUGCAUGCCUCUGGGAAGCACGCACCCAGCCAGGAGGGCCUGACCCUGAGGCUCACCAUCAGCGCCUUGGAGAAGGCGGACAGCGACACCUACACCUGUGACAUCGGCCAGGCCUGUUCCCAGGCCCGGCUCCUGGUGCAAGGCCGGAAAGUUCUCAUCACAGAGGAUCUGGAGGACAUGGAGGUGCGUGAGGGCUCUUCGGCCACCUUCUCUUGUCGCAUCUCCCCUGCCGACUAUGAGCCUGUCCACUGGUUCCUGGACAAGACGCCCCUGCACCCGAAUGAGCUCAAUGAGAUUGAGGUUCAGCCAGGUGGCUACCACGUGCUCACCCUGCGGCAGCUGGCGCUCAAGGACUCAGGCACCAUCCACUUUGAGGCAGGGGACCAGCGGACCUCAGCUGCCCUUCGGGUCACAGAAAAGCCAAGUGUCUUCUCCCGGGAGCUCACGGAUGCCACGGUCACAGAGGGGGAGGAUCUGACCUUGGUCUGUGAGACUACCGCCCCAGACAGCCCCGUGUGCUGGACCAAGGAUGGAAAGACCCUGCGGCCAUCAGCCCGGUGCCAGCUGAGCCAGGAGGGCCACCGGGCCCAGCUGGUCAUCAAGGGUACCACUGUGCAGGACGGUGGGCGCUACAAGUGUGAGGCCGGGGGCUCCUGGAGCAGCUCCAUUGUCAGGGUCCAUGCACGGCCGGUGCGGUUCCGUGAGGGGCUGAAGGACCUGGAGGUGCCGGAGGGUGGAGCUGCCACACUGCGCUGUGUGCUGUCAUCCAUGGCCGCGCCUGUGGAGUGGCGCCGUGGAGAUGAGGUUCUGCGGCCCGGAGGCAAGUACAGCCUGCGUCAGGAGGGCGCAGUGCUGGAGCUGGUGGUCCGGGACCUGCGGCCCCAGGACACCGGGCAGUACUCCUGCCACUUCGGGGACCAGAUGACCUUGGCCAUGCUCACAGUGAAGGCCCUGCCUGCUGAGUUCAUAGGGAGACUGAGAAGCAAGGAGGCCUCAGAAGGGGCCACAGCCACGCUGCGCUGUGAGCUGAGCAAGGAGGCUCCCGUGGAGUGGAGGAAGGGGUCUGAGACCCUCAGAGCCGGGGACAGAGUCAGCCUGAGGCAGGACGGGACCAUGUGUGAGCUGGAGAUCCGUGGCCUGGCCAUGGCAGAUGCUGGGGAGUACUCGUGUGUGUGUGGGCAGGAGAGGACUUCAGCCAUGAUGACCAUCAGGGCCCUGCCUGCUGAGUUCAUAGGGAGACUGAGAAGCAAGGAUGCCACGGAAGGGGCCACAACCACUUUGCACUGUGAGCUGAGCAAGGAGGCCCCUGUGGAGUGGAGGAAAGGGUCUGAGACCCUCAGAGCUGGGGGCAGAGUCAGCCUGAGACAGGAUGGGACCAUGUGUGAGCUGGAGAUCUGUGACCUGGCUGUGGUGGACGCUGGGGAAUACUCAUGUGUGUGCGGGCAGGAGAGGACAUCGGCCACACUGACUGUCAGGGCCCUGCCCGCCAAGUUCACAAAGAGCCUGAGGAAGGAAGAGGCCACAGAAGGGGCCACAGCAAAGCUGCACUGUGAGUUAAGCAAGGUGGCCCCCGUGGAGUGGAAGAAGGGGUCUGAGACCCUCAGAGCUGGGGACAGAGUCAGCCUGAGGCAGGACAGGACUGUGUGUGAGCUGGAGAUCCAUGGCCUGGCUGUGGCAGAUGCCGGGGAGUACUCAUGUGUGUGCGGGCAGGAGAAGACUUCGACCACGCUGACUGUCAGAGCCCUGCCCGCCAAGUUCACAAAGAGCCUGAGGAAGGAAGAGGCCACAGAAGGGGCCACGGCCACUCUGCACUGUGAGCUGAGCAAGGAGGCCCCCGUGGAAUGGAGGAAGGGGUCUGACACUGUCAGAGCUGGGAACAGAGUCAACCUGAGGCAGGACAGGACCGUGUGUGAGCUGGAGAUCUGUGGCCUGACCAUGGAGGAUGCUGGGGAGUACUCGUGUGUGUGUGGGCAGGAGAGGACAUCAGCCACACUGACCGUCAGAGCCCUGCCCGCCAAGUUCACAAAGAGCCUGAGGAAGGAAGAGGCCACAGAAGGGGCCACGGCCACUCUGCACUGUGAGCUGAGCAAGGAGGCCCCUGUGGAGUGGAGGAAGGGGCCCAAGACCCUCAGAGCUGGGGACAGAGUCAGCUUGAGGCAGGACGGGACCAUGUGUGAGCUGGAGAUCCGUGGCCUGACCAUGGAGGAUGCUGGGGAGUACUCGUGUGUGUGUGAGCAGGAGAGGACAUCGGCCACACUGACCGUCAGAGCACUGCCUGCUCAGUUCAUCCAAAAUCUGAAGACCCAGGAAGCCAUGGAAGGGGACACAGCCACACUGAACUGUGAGCUGAGCAAGGCAGCCCCUGUGCAGUGGAGGAAGGGGUCCAAGACCCUCAGAGCUGGAGACAGAGUGAGCCUGAGGCAGGAUGGGACCAUGUGUGAGCUGCAGAUCUGUGGCCUGGCCGUGGCAGAUGCUGGAGAGUACUCAUGCAUGUGUGGGCAGGAGAGGACGUCGGCCAUGCUGACCAUCAGGGCCAUGCCCGCCAAGUUCACAAAGAGCCUGAGAAAGGAAGAGGCCAUGGAAGGGGCCACGGCAAAGCUACACUGCGAGUUAAGCAAGGCAUCCCCUGUGGAGUGGAAGAAGGGGUCCGCGACCCUCAGAGUUGGAGACAGAGUCAGCCUGAGGCAGGACGGAAACAUGUGUGAGCUGGAGAUCCGUGGUGUGGCCAUGGAGGAUGCCGGGGAGUACUCGUGUGUGUGCGGGCAGGAGAGGACAUCGGCCAUGCUGACUGUCAGGGCCCUGCCCGCCAAGUUCACAAAGAGCCUGAGGAAGGAAGAGGCCACCGAAGGGGCUACAGCCAUUAUGCACUGUGAGCUGAGUAAGGAGGUCCCCGUGGAGUGGAGGAAGGGGCCCAAGACCCUCAGAGUGGGGGACAGAGUGAGCCUGAGACAGGAUGGGAUGGUGUGUGAGCUGGAGAUCCGUGACCUGGCCUUGGUGGACACCGGGGAGUACUCGUGUGUGUGCGGACAGGAAAGAACAUCAGCCACUCUGACUGUCAGGGGCCUGCCUGCCAAGUUCACAAAGAGCCUGAAGAAGGAAGAGGCCAUGGAAGGGGCCACAGUAAAGCUGUGCUGUGAGUUAAGCAAGGUGGCCCCCGUGGAGUGGAGGAAGGGGUCCGAGACCCUCAGAGCUGGGGACAGAGUCAGCCUGAGGCAGGAAGGAAACGUGUGUGAGCUGGAGAUCCGUGGCCUGGCUAUGGUGGAUGCCGGGGAGUACUCGUGUGUGUGCGGGCAGGAGAGGACAUCAGCUAUGCUGACUGUCAGGGGGGCCACCUUGCUCAGCCUGCAGCACAGCUUGGCUGUGCCCCCUUCUGUGGCCUCUUCCUUCCUCAGGCUCUUUGUGAACUUGGCGGGCACAGCUGGGGAUGGGACCGCCUUGCUCAGCUCACAGCGCAGCAUGGCUGUGGCCCCUUCUGUGGCCUCUUCAUUCCUCAGGCUCUUUGUGAACUUGGCAGGCACAGCUGGGGAUGGUCAGAAAGACACAGACACAAUCAUGCUGGAGAUCCGUGACCUGGCCGUGGCAGAUGCCGGGGAGUACUCGUGUGUGUGUGGGCAGGAGAGAACGUCAGCCACGGUGACCGUCAGGGCCCCACAAGUGGUAUUCAGAGAGCCACUCAGGAGCGUGCAGGCUGAGGAGGGUGCCUCGGCCACACUGCGGUGUGAGCUUUCCCAGCCCAAUGCUGCUGUGGUCUGGAGCAAGGGUGGCCUGGAGCUGCAGGCUGAUGGGCGCUGGGAGCCUCGGCAGCGGGGCUACACUGCGGAGCUCGUGCUGUGGGACCUGCGCAGAGAGGACGCGGGCGAGUACACUUGUGCCUGUGGACCCCAGGCCACCAGUGCUACCCUCACCGUUACAGCUGCACCGGUGCGCUUUCUCCGGGAGCUGCAGGCCCAGGAGGUGGAUGAAGGUGCCACUGCCCACCUGCGCUGUGAGCUGAGCCAAGAGGGUGCUAGUGUGGAGUGGCGCAAGGACUCCCUGCAGCUCUUCCCUUGUGCCAAGUACCAGAUGGUGCAGGAGGGAAGGGCUGCCGAGCUGUGGGUGCACCACACUGAGCAGGAGGAUGCUGGCCACUAUACCUGUGACACGGGCCAUGCGCAGAGCACGGCCAGCCUCUCUGUCCGAGCCCCUAGGCCCACAUUCCAGAUGGAGCUGCAGAGCAUGGAGCAGGAGGCCGGCAGUGUGGCCCAGCUACGCUGCCAGCUGAGUGAGGCAGAGCCUAGAGUCCCAGUGCAGUGGCUCAAGGAGGGUGUGGAGCUGCAUGCGAGUCCCAAGUAUGAGAUACGGCGUGUGGGGACCAUGUGCGAGCUGCUGAUCCAUGGGCUGGAGGCCAAGGACACGGGCGAGUACGUCUGCAUGGCCGGUGGUCAGAAAACCAUGGCUUCUGUCAUGGUCAAAGAGCCCGAGGUGACCAUUGUGCGGGGGCUGGAGGAUGCCGAGGUGCAGGUCGACGGGGAGGUGGAGUUCAGUUGUGAGGUGUCACGGGCUGGGGCCAUGGCUGUGGAGUGGCACCUCCAGGGCCUGCCACUACAGAACAACGAGGUGACAGAGCUGGCCGUGCGGGGUGGCCGCACCCACACGCUGCGGCUGAAGGGCGUGACCCCUGAGGAUGCGGGCACUGUCUCCUUCCAUGUGGGCGCCCACACAUCCUCUGCCCAGCUCACUGUCCGAGUCCCUGAUGUGAGCAUCCUGGAGCCCCUGCAGGAUGUACAGCUCAGUGAGGGCCAGGACGCCCACUUCCGGUGCCAGCUAUCCAGGGCCUGCGGCCAGGAGGCCCGCUGGGCCCUGGGAGGGGUGCCUCUGCAGGCCAAUGAGAUGAAUGACAUCACCGUGGAGCAUGGCACACUGCAUCUGCUCACCCUGCACAAGGUGACCCUGGAAGAUGCGGGAACCAUCAGCUUCCAAGUGGGCUCAUGUAGCUCAGAAGCCCAGCUGAAGGUCACAGCCAAGAACACAGUGGUGCGCGGCCUGGAGAACGUGGACGCACUCGAAGGCGGCGAGGCGCUGUUCGAGUGCCAGCUGUCCCGCCCCGAGGUGGCCGCCCACACCUGGUUGCUGGACGAUGAGCCUGUGCGAACCUCCGAGAACGCGGAGGUGGUCUACUUCGAGAACGGCCUGCGGCACCUGCUGCUGCUCAAAAACCUGCGGCCGCAGGACAGCUGCCGGGUGACCUUCCUGGCAGGGGACGUGGUGACGUCCGCGUUCCUCACAGUCAGAGUCGUGCUGACCACGGGAUCUGAGGAUGAGGCCCCUGCACAGCCCAGCCUGCCCCCCGAGGCAGCCCAGGAGGGUGACCUGCACCUGCUGUGGGAGGCCCUGGCCCGGAAGCGUCGCAUGAGCCGUGAACCCACGCUGGACUCCAUCAGUGAGCUGCCUGAGGAGGAUGGUCGUUCACCACGCCCGCGGCAGGAGGUAGAAGAAGCGGCCCCAGACCUCUCUGAGGACUACUCCACAGCAGACGAGCUGGCACGCACUGGCGAGGCCGACCUCUCGCACACCAGCUCUGACGACGAGUCCCGGGCAGGCACCCCCUCCCUGGUUACCUACCUCAAGAAGGCUGGGAAGCCCAGCACCUCACCACUGGCCGGCAAGUGGCUUGAGAUGCAGGCUGGCAAGGAGAGGAUCCUCCUAGAGAACAGGGCCCCAGUGUUCCUGACUGAGCUGCAGAAUCAGGAGGUGCAGGACGGGUACCCCGUGAGCUUCGACUGUGUGGUGACAGGCCAGCCGGUGCCCACCGUGUGCUGGUUCAAGGACGGCAGGAUGCUGGAGGAGGAUGACCACUACAUGAUCAGUGAGGACCAACAGGGCGGCCACCAGCUCAUCAUCACUGCAGUGGUGCCUGCAGACAUGGGUGUCUACCGCUGCAUGGCUGAGAACAGCAUGGGUGUGUCGUCCACCAAGGCAGAGCUCCGUGUGGACCUGACCAGCACGGACUAUGAAACUGCGGCCGAUGCCACGGAGACCUCCUCCUACUUCAGCGCCCAAGGCUACCUAUCCAGCCGGGAGCAAGAGGGCACGGAGUCUACCUCAGAGGAGGGGCAGCUGCCCCAGGUGGUGGAGGAGAUGAAGGACCUCCAGGUGGCCCCUGGCACACGCCUGGCCAAGUUCCAGCUCAAAGUGAAAGGCUACCCAGCGCCACGGCUGUACUGGUUCAAAGACGGGCAGCCCCUGACGGCUUCUGCACACAUCCGCAUGGCUGACAGGAAGACGCUUCACACCCUGGAGGUUGUAUCUGUCACCAAGGAGGAUGCCGGCCAGUACUCAGCCUACAUUAGCAACGCCGUGGGCGCCGCCUACUCAUCAGCCCGGCUGCUGGUCCGAGGUCCCAAAGAUCCCGAAGAGAAGCCAGAAUCAGAUGUGUACCAGCAGCUGGUGCCGCCCCGAUUCCUGGAAAGAUUCACCUCCAAGAAAGUGAAGAAAGGCUCCAGCAUCACCUUUUCAGUGAAGGUGGAAGGGUGCCCGGCCCCAGCCGUGCACUGGCUGCGGGAGGAGGCUGAGCGAGGCGUGCUGUGGAUUGGCCGUGACACGCCAGGCUACACGGUGGCCAGCUCUGCACAGCAGCACAGUCUGGUCCUGCUGGAUGUGGGCAGACAGCACCAGGGCACAUACACCUGCAUCGCCAGCAACAGCGCUGGCCAGGCCCUCUGCUCCGCUAGCCUGCACAUCUCUGGCCUGCCCAAGGAGGCAGGGGCAGCAGAGGAGCAUGCUGGGGUGAAGGAGGCCCUCAUCUCCACCUUCCUGCAGGGGACCCAAGCCGUCUCCACGCAGAUGUCAGAACCUGCAGGUUUCACUGAUCUUGCUGGGCAGAGGAAAGGAGAGCCCAUGGCGGUGGAGGCCCGUAGCCACUUGUCCCUGGCCGAGGUGGGCACAGAGGAGUUCCUGCAGAAGCUCACCUCCCAGAUCACAGAGAUAGUGUCGGCCAAGAUCACGCAGGCCAAGCUGCAGGUGCCUGGAGGUGACAGCGAUGAGGAAUCUAAGACACCGUCUGCAUCCCCCUGGCAUGGCCGUUCCCGCCCCUCCUCCAGCGUCCAGGAGUCAUCCUCGGAGUCGGAGGAUGGGGACUCCCGUGGCGAGAUCUUCGACAUCUAUGUGGUCACGGCUGACUACCUGCCCCUGGGGGCCGAGCAGGAUGCCAUCUCACUGCGGGAGGGCCAGUAUGUGGAAGUGCUGGACUCCGCCCACCCGCUGCGCUGGCUUGUGCGCACCAAGCCCACCAAGUCCAGCCCCUCACGCCAGGGCUGGGUGUCCCCUGCCUACCUGGACAGGCGGCUCAAGCUGUCACCCGAGUGGGGGCCCACUGAGGCCCCCGAGUUCCCGGGGGAGGCCGUGUCUGAGGAUGAAUACAAGACAAGGCUAAGCUCCAUCAUCCAGGAGCUGCUGAGCUCUGAGCAGGCCUUUGUGGGCAAGCUGCAGUUCCUGCAAAGCCACCACAUGCAGCACCUGGACCACUGCCCCCAUGUACCUGCGGCUGUGGCCUCCCAGAAGGCUGUCAUCUUUCGAAAUGUGCAGGACAUCAGCCAUUUCCACAGCAGCUUCCAGAGGGAGCUGCAGCAGUGUGACACGGAUGACGAUGUGGCCAUGUGCUUCAUCAAGAACCAGGCGGCCUUUGAGAAGUACCUGGAGUUCCUGGUAGGCCGCGUACAAGCCGAGUCUGCGGUGGUCAGCACAGCAGUGCAGGAGUUCUACAAGAAAUACACGGAAGACGUGCUGUCAGCCUUAGACCCCUCGCAGCCACCACCGCCGCCCCUGCAGCACUUCCUGGAACAGCCUGUGGAGCGGGUCCAGCAGUACCAGGCCUUGCUCAAGGAGCUGAUCCGCAACAAGGCGAGGAACAGGCAGAACUGCGCGCUGUUGGAGCAGGCAUAUGCCGUGGUGUCGGCCCUGCCGCAGCGCGCUGAGAACCAACUGCAUGUGUCGCUCAUGGAGAACUACCCAGGCACCCUGCAGGCCCUGGGCGAGCCCAUCCGCCAGGGCCACUUCAUCGUGUGGGAGGGGGCGCCGGGCGCACGGAUGCCCUGGAAGGGCCACCAUCGGCAUGUCUUCCUGUUCCGCCACCACCUGGUGGUCUGCAAGCCCAGACGGGAUUCCCGCACCGACACCUUCAGCUAUGUCUUCCGGAACAUGAUGAAGCUGAGCAGCAUCGACCUGAAUGACCAGGUGGAGGGUGACGACCGCGCCUUCGAGGUUUGGCACGAGCGAGAGGACUCUGUGCGCAAGUAUCUGCUGCAGGCGCGGACGGUCAUCACCAAGAAUUCCUGGGUGAAGGAGAUCUGCGGCAUCCAGCAGCGCCUGGCCCUGCCCGUGUGGCAACCCCCAGAUUUCGAAGAGGAGCUGGCAGACUGCACAGCCGAGCUGGGUGAGACUGUCAAGCUGGCCUGCCGUGUGAUAGGCACACCCAAGCCCAUCGUCAGCUGGUACAAAGAUGGGAAGCCAGUGGAAGUGGACCCUCACCACAUCCUCAUCGAGGACCCCGAUGGCUCAUGUGCCCUCAUUCUGGACAACCUGACUGGCGUGGACUCCGGCCAGUACAUGUGCUUCGCAGCCAGUGCUGCUGGCAAUGCCAGCACCCUAGGCAAGAUACUGGUGCAAGUACCCCCACGGUUUGUGAAAAAGGUCCGGGCAGUGCCCUUUGUGGAGGGAGAGGACGUUCAGGUCACCUGUACCAUCGAAGGUGCCCCACACCCCCAGAUCAGGUGGUACAAGGACGGGGCCCUGCUGACACCCAGCGGCAAAUACCGAACGCUGAACGAGCCCCGCAGUGGCCUGCUGGUGUUGGAGAUCUUGGCGGCCAACAAGGAGGACCUGGGCCACUAUGAGUGCGAGUUGGUGAACCGGCUGGGCUCUGCGAGGGGCGGGGCAGAGCUGUGCAUGCAGAGCCCAGCUGUGCGAGCCCGGGAACAACGUCGCAGAGAGCAGCUUGCAGCUGUGGAAGUCACUGAGCAGGAGACUAAAGUCCCCAAGAAAACCAUCAUCAUAGAGGAGACCAUCACCACCGUGGUGAAGAGCCCCCGUGGCCGGCGCCGGUCCCCCAACAAGUCCCCUUCCCGCUCGCCUUCUCGCCGCACUGCCAGCCCACCCAGGCCAGGCCAGUUGGCCCCCGAGGUGCUCUACUCACUGGGGGCCAGCCAGCCUCGAAAGCCUGAGGUGGAGCCAGGCUGGAGGCCCACUGUGCCCAUGCUGUACGUGACGGAGCCUGAGUCCCACACACCGGCCCUGCCCCAGGGCACGAGGCCCCAACCCAAGUGGGUAGAGGUUGAGGAGACUAUUGAAGUCCAGGUGAAGAAGACGGGCUCCAGGGGUGCAUCUCCUGCCAGAGAGGCACCCGACAGCUCCACAGGGAUCCUCUUCAUGAUGUCAGGUGGGACACCCACAGAAGACCCCAAUGCAAACAAUUCCAACAACAAGUUACUGGCUCAGGAGCCCCAGGCCCAGGGCAGAACCAUAGUCAGUGCUGGAGAGCCUCUCACCUUCUGCAUGGACGCUGGGCCAGAGGAGACCCCUGAGCCUUUCCCUCCCCAAGUAGCUGAAGAAGAGGCUCCCCUGGAGGAGAUGGAGGAAGGAGGUGCCCUCCUGACAGAGGAGCCUCAGGGCACCAACAGCCUUUGGAGCCGUGACCCCAAGGUCCUCACACAUGACGGCCGAGUGCUGACGCUGGCUGACCUGGAGGAUUACGUGCCCCGGGAGGGGGAGACCUUCGGCUGUCAUGGCCCAGUGCCCAGCACUUCUGAUGACCCACCCUGUGAGGUCUCUGUGCUUCAGAGAGAGAUCAGUGAGCCCACUGUGGGGCGGCCUGUCCUGCUCAAUGUGGGGCGUCCCCUGGGCCCACGAGGCCCAUCCAGCUUUUUCAGUCACCGGGAAGUGUCUCCGUCAGGGCCUCAAGUCCUUGGCCCCAGUGGAGUCUCCUUCUGUGUGCAGGAGGUGCGGGCUGGGGGUGCUACCUCCUGGAAGCCGUCCUUCUGCACCCAGGUCCAGCGGUCUGCAGACAGUGGCCAGAGCAGCUUCAAAACAGAGGUUUCCACCCAGACAGUCAGCUUUGGGACAGUGGGUGAGACGGUCACUCUGCACAUCCACCCAGAUGGGGACAAGGCCCCCAGCCCCUCCCAGGAUGCUGCUGCCCCUCCCCCAGUUGCCCUGGAGCCAGCAGACAAGGAGAUCACGUCUGUUCCAAGGAUGCUGGUGUGCCCCGAGGCUCCAGGACCCUCCACAGGGGACCACGCUGGCCCCAUCCCUGGCCCUGGGGGGCCACCCAAACACCAGGAGGCUGACCCCAAACUCCUAGGCACGGAGGUUGCAGAUGCAUCUGCUUCCCGGGACCCCUCCCCCACGGAGCACCAGCUUUCUCCAGGGAGCCGCCAGUACCCCCUGGAACCCCUGCGCCUCGGGACCCCGCCGUCCACGAAGCACCCUCUUUCCCGCCCCCCUGUUCUCCGGAAAUUCCGCCUCUCAGGAGCUCCACCCCUCCCGCUGACCCAACGGGGCGUGUUCGGCUUCGUGAAGAGGGUACAGCACAAGGGAAACCAGAUGUUCUGCGCGGCCAAGUUCAUCCCCCUGCGGAGCAGGACGCGCACCCAGGCGUACCGCGAGAGGGACAUCCUGGCCACGCUCAGCCACCCGCUGGUCACAGGGCUGCUUGACCAGUUUGAGACCCGGAAGACCCUGAUCCUUGUCCUGGAGCUGUGCUCCUCAGAGGAGCUGCUGGACCGGCUGUUCAAGAAGAGUGUGGUGACCGAGGCUGAGGUCAAGGUGUACAUCCAGCAGCUGGCAGAAGGGCUGCAUUAUCUGCACGGCCAGAGCAUUCUCCAUUUGGACAUAAAGCCCCCAAAUAUCCUGAUGGUGCAUCCCGCUCGGGAGGACAUUAAAAUCUGCGACUUCGGCUUUGCCCAAAAAAUCACCCCAGUAGAGCCACAAUACAGCAAGUAUGGCUCCCCAGAGUUUGUAUCCCCUGAGAUCAUUGAGCAGACUCCUGUGAGCGAGGCCUCGGACAUCUGGGCCAUGGGGGUCAUCUCCUAUCUCAGCCUGACCUGCUCGUCACCGUUUGCUGGUGAGAGUGACCGAGCCACCCUCCUGAAUGUGCUGGAGGGGCGGGUGUCUUGGAGCAGCCCCAUGGCUGCCCACCUCAGCGAGGAUGCCCAGGAAUUUAUCAAGGCUGCCCUGCAGAGGGCCCCAGAGGCCCGACCCAGCGCAGCCAAGUGCCUGGCCCACCCUUGGUUCCAGAAGUCCGUGCCCGCAGAGGAGGCCCACUUCAUCAACACCAAGCAACUCAAGUUCCUGCUAGCCCGCAGCCGCUGGCAGCGCUCCCUGAUGAGCUACAAGUCCAUCCUGGUGAUGCGCUCCAUUCCCGAGCUGCUCCAGGGCCCGCCCGACAGCCCGUCCCUCGGGGUGGCCCGGCACCUGCACGAAGGCGCCAGCGCCGCCUCCAGCAGCUCGUCCUCGUCCUCCGACAACGAGCUGGCACCCUUCGCCCGGGCCAAAUCGCUGCCGCCCUCUCCGGUGACCCACUCCCCGCUGCUGCACCCGCGGGGCUUCUUGCGGCCGUCCGCUAGCCUGCCAGAGGAGGCCGAGGCUUGCGCGUCUGCCGCCGCCGCGCCUCGGCCGGCGUCGCCCCCAGGUGCAGAGGUGCCUGCUGCCCCGGGCUGCGUUCCCCGGCAGAGCGUCAUCCGCAGCCUCUUCUACCAGCAGGCAGGCGAGGCCCCGGAGCGCGGAGGCCCCGCCAUGGGCGGCAGGCGGCACCCCGCCCGGCGGAGGCACCUGCUCAAGGGCGGCUACUUCGCAAAGGCCCUGCCCGGCCUGAGGGAGCCGCUGCUGGAGCAUCGCGCGCUGGAGGAGGAGGCCGCCCGGGAGGAGCAGGCCGCUCUGAUGGCCAAAGUGCCCUCCUUCGAGACCGCCCUGCGGCUGCCUGGCUCCAGCGCCCGAGUGGCACCCGGCCGCAGCCGAUCCCUGGAGCUCGACCAGCCACACUCCACCAGCUCUUCCACUGAGGCCUGUGGCGGGGGGCAGUGCCCUAACCUGCCAGGAGGGGUCACAUGUGCCCAGGAGAUGCAGCGUCCAGAGGGAUCCCAGCAGGGGCCAAGACUACUGCCAUCCAUCGGGGGCCUCCCAGGGGCUGCUCAGCAAGAGGGGUCAUCCCAGGACAGCUGUGGGUGGCAGCCCACCCCUUCCUUCCAGCCCCAGUGGGGUCCCGCUCCCCUGCAAGGCUGUGGCCCCCCUAAGGCUGUUACACCACAACUUUCUGGCUCCUUCCCUUCAGAGCAGUGCACGGGGCCCCUCUGGGCAUCCUCCAGCCCCUUCCUCUCGGGGGAGACCCAGGCUCCCCUCUCCCCAGCCCAAGAGAGCUGCCAGCCAGGCUCUAUGGAGAGUCCAAAGGACACUUGUCUCCCUGGGAGGCUGAGUCCCCCUAGCUCCUCAGGGCUGGCUUCCCAGGUGGGCACGGGGCCUGGUCCCUCCGAGGAUGCCACCCUGGAGCUGGAGGAUGCAUCAGAACCGGAGCCCAGCCCACAGCGGCCUCAGGAACAGGCCACCAUGCGGAAGUUCUCCCUGGGGCAACAUGGGGGCUACGCAGGAGUGGCGGGUUAUGGCACCUUUGCCUUUGGUGGGGAUGCAGGGGGCAUGCUGGGGCAGGGUCCCCUGUGGGCCAGGAUGGCCUGGGCCACCUCUCAGUCCUCAGAGGAGCAUGAUGACACUGGGGCUCAGAGCCCACCCCCCCAGGCCAGCGCAGCUCCCCUUCCCGAGGGCAGCAGGGCACCCCCAAGGGCCUCCCCAGAGCUGAGCUCGUGGGAAGACUUCGGCAGGGGCUCCCAGGUGUCCCUGGUGCAGAUCCAAGACCUGUCUGGGGACUCAGAAGCAGCGGACACCGUGUCCCUGGACAUCUCAGAGGUGGAGCCUGCCUACCUCAACCUGUCCGACCUGUAUGACAUCAAGUACCUCCCUUUCGAGUUCAUGAUCUUCAGGAAGGUCCCCAAGCCUGUGGAACCAGAGUCACCUUCCUCCCCGGAAUCCGAGGCAGAGGAGGAGCUGGCUGAGUUCCCAGAGGCCGCGUGGCCCUGGCCAGGCGCACUGGGUCCACCAGCCAGCCUGCAGAUCACAGAGGAGCCAGAGGACAUGGAGACCCUGCUCGGGGAGGCCACUGGCAGUAGGAAGCGGAAAUGGUCACCCCCCUCCGGUGGCCUCUUCCACCUCCCCAGGAGACACACGCUGGAGGAGCCCCUGGAGCUGGGACUGCGCAGGAGGGUGAGGGCCUCGGUGGCCCACAUCUCCCGCCUCCUGAAGGGCAGGCCAGAAGGUCUGGAGAAAGAGAGCCCCCCCAGGAAGAAGGCAGGCCUGGCUUCCUUUCGGCUGGGCCUGAAAAGCAAGGACCGAGCGCCAUCCUUUCUAAGGGAGCUCUCAGAUGAAACGGUGGUCUUGGGCCAGUCAGUGACUCUUGCCUGCCAAGUGUCAGCCCAGCCAGCUGCACAGGCCACCUGGAGCAAAGAUGGGACUCCCCUGGAGAGUAGCAGCCGCCUCCUUAUCUCCUCCACACUCAAGAACUUCCAGCUCCUGACCAUCCUGGUGGUGAAUGCUGAUGACCUGGGAGUGUACACGUGCAGCGUUCGCAACACGCUGGGGACUGCGGCCACCACGGCCAUCCUCCGGAAGGCAGCCUCUGAGGAGGAGAGCAGCGCCUCGCGGCCAGCCCAGCCCCUCCCCAGCACGCAGACGUUCGCCUUCCAGACGCAGAUCCGAAGGGGCCGCUUCAGCGUGGUGCGGCAGUGCCGGGAGAAGGCCAGCGGACGCGCGCUGGCCGCGAAGAUCGUUCCCUAUCGCCCCGAGGACAGGACUGCCGUACUGCGCGAAUACGAGGCUCUCAAGAGCCUGCGCCACCCGCACCUGGCCCAGCUGCAGGCCGCCUACCUCAGCCCCCGGCACCUGGUCCUCAUCUUGGAGCUUUGCUCGGGACCCGAGCUGCUCCCCUGCCUGGCGGAGAGGGUCUCCUACUCAGAGUCGGAGGUGAAGGAUUACCUAUGGCAGAUGCUUAGCGCCGCCCAGUACCUGCACGCCCAGCGCAUUCUGCAUCUGGACCUCAGGUCCGAGAACAUGAUCGUCACCGAAUACAACUUACUCAAGGUCGUCGACCUGGGCAACGCCCAGAGCCUCGCCCAGGAGAAGGUCCUGCCCUCCGAGAGGUUCAAGGACUACGUGGAGACCAUGGCUCCCGAGCUCCUGGAGGGCCAGGGUGCCGUCCCACAGACCGACAUCUGGGCUAUAGGCGUGACAGCCUUCAUCAUGCUGAGCGCGGAGUACCCGGUGAACGGUGAAGGGACACGCGACCUGCAGAAAGCCUUGCGCAAGGGGCUCAUCCGUCUGGGUUGCUGCUACGCGGGGCUGUCCGGCGGCGCGGUGGCUUUUCUCCGGAGCACGUUGUGUGCGCACCCCUGGGGCCGGCCGUGCGCGACCAGCUGCCUACAGUGUCCAUGGCUAACAGAGGAGGGCCCUGCGGGCUCCCAGCCCGCGGCUGUCUCCUUCUCCACUGCGCGACUUCGAGCCUUCGUGCGCGAGCGAGAGAAGAAGAGGGCGCUGCUGUACAAGAAGCACAACUUGGCCCAGGUGCACUAA